CCAUACUCUAUCCUCAUCCUUCUGUCUUCUAUAAACCCUUUUCAUAACUUCAAGAUUUCCCACUUGAUCAUUAGGUUUACACGGUUAGUAUUUCAACUUUCUGUUCAUAAAUCUUUGUGGGUUCUGUUGUAUAUCAAGAAAGGAUCGAUCUUUGAUUAGGGUUCUUAUAAUUUAUCGUGAUUUAGGGGUUGUAGACAGUUGAAUUCAUCUGGGUGUUAUUCUUUUCAGCUUAUAUUUGCCGAUUUGUGUUGAAAUAAUUCUGGGUUUUUACCAAUUUCUGUUCUUGACGAUGGAUUUUGUUGUUUUGAUUUUAGGGUUCAUCCGUUAGGGUUUACUGUUUCUGAAAAUAUGGGGUUUUUAGUUUCUUGCGUUUUAUGUUGAUUUAGGUUUGUUGAUCGAUUAUACGAAAUGGGUUUUCUUUUCGCAUCGAUUAAAUCUGUAGAUUUUGUGAGGUGAAGUACUCAAAUUUGGUGUUUUUGUUGAAAUGGGAUCAUCUGGUUUUUUCUCAAUAUGUAUGAUUUACUCUAUAGUGGCUUUAAGUUGUGGAACCCUAAUGAUGUUCUAUAGCCAUGAGGUUUUUGCAUUCAGCCAUGGCAAUGAAACUGCUAUUAAGCUAUUGGGGUCAACACCCCAUGAUCAACUGUUGAUUCAGACCUCUGAUUCAUUCUCUGGGUUGCUUUUAUUUGCUGUUGGAAUCUUGUUGUUCAUGGUGGCAUUUGUGAAAGAUAGGGACUUUCAGAGCUUUUUUGCCAAAGGGUGUGUUCUUCUUCACAUUGCCAUGGCAGUCUGGAGGAUAUACUUUGAGCGGAAGCUCGAAGAGCUUGGUCGUGAUUGGCUUCGGCUCGUUCUUGGUGAUUUCAUUUUGGCACUUUCGUGGGUGUUGUUUCUUGUGUACAGUUGGAGAGAAAAAUACGAUUAGCCAAAUACACGAAUCGUUUCAAGAUUCGUUCUUGAAUCCAUUCAAGGGUCGUUCUUGGAUUGUUCCAAGAUUCGUUCUUGAAUCCAUUCGAGGGUCGUUCUUGGAUUGUUUCAAGAUUCGUUCUUGAUUGUUUCAAGAUUGGUUCUUGAAUCCAUUUGAGGCUCGUUUCUUGAAUCGAAAACGCGGCUUGAACCGUCAUCGUCUUUGGUAAACACCUUUUGAAGAAAGACCCACCAUUAAUGGAGGUUGUGAAGAUUGUUUUGUUGUUGUUUCAAUUUGUAGGUGCACAUACUUUUUGAUUGUGAUUAGUAAACCCUUUGAAGGCUUCAAAUUUAUCUUCUUUUAUUGUUUUUUUUUUAAAUGUUUAAAUAGAGAAAAAAAAAAUAUGAUAUUGUUGUCUUCAUAUGUUCAUCUUCAAUUGUAAAACUUUCAAUUUGUAGAGGCAAAUAUGAAAUUUCUUGAUUGUUGCUCC